AGUGCUCGGACUGUGCGUGUAGGUGCGGAGCCAAGUCCCGCUCUUGGGGAAAUUUUAGGAAAGUAGGUCGAGUUAUAACGUUCAACGGACACUUAACACAAAAAUAAGAUCAAAAACAUUUCACGGCUUCUGUGCAGUUGGUUUGAAGCUUCAGUAAAAUGGACCCGAUGACUCAAUCCGCCCAGAUAUCUUCGUCGCAGGGGUUUGCCGAUGGACACAAUUCUGCUGCCAAAGACUCAAAGAUAUCCGAUUCCUUUCUUUCCUCUUCGCCUGUAUCUCUCAUUCAGUCUCCUCAAGACAAAAGGGUUCUUGGGUCUGACAGUGAACUACACUUCACACAAUCGACUUCCUCCUCACAUGGAAAUUUUAGCAGUCAGUCAGAGGACCAACCAGACUCUCCAAUAAAGACCUCACCUGUUUCAGAGCGCAUCAAAGCACUGGAAGCACUUGCUGCAAAGAAAAAGGAGCCUGAUUUUCGAAGUGACGGUUAUUCACAUUAUAGAGAUCGUCACACUGACAAACGUUCUUCCAUUGAGAUUCAAAAAGCUGCUUUUGAGAAAAAUGAGAAAACAACUACAGCUCCGAAAAAAGGCAGCUCCUCAGAUAAAGAAUCCCCAGACUCUCCAUUUGAGGUUCUUGGAGACUGUAAGCAGCUGAAGGAACUUGAAGAAACUGAAGAGUGGAUGAAGGCUCAUUUACCUCCAGUGCCAGACUUUCAUUCAGAUGACAUUACAAAAAGUCCUGCUGUUUCAGAAAGCAUUUACUCCACACAUGAAAAAGAAAAUGUCACACCUGGUGGGUCUGCCUCCUUUGCUGGUGUCCCAGAUUCUUUCAUGGACUCUCCUCUUAAAGGUGAAAAUCUUGAAGCUGUCCCUGUUCCCCAGAAUCCAUAUGCAGAGGAGGAGUGUGAUUUUGACCUUAGCUUCUUGCCUACAGCCUACAUGUGGAAUCAACAAGAAAAAAAUGAUGAUGCUGUGGUUCCGAUGUCACCUGAUACCCUUGUGGGGUCAGCUCCAGUAUCCUCGCCUGAGCACAUUGAGAAAAACCAAAUGACCUGUGACCCAGACCCACCAGAAACAGUUGAAGUGGACAGCUCAGGGGAGUCUGAUGAUACUGUGAUAGAAGAUGGUGUUCCUGUUCAUGCUCCAGCUUCUUCUGAAUUUGAAAAACCCAUUUGUUCUAAUCUACCCAAAGACGACAAAGAGACUCCACCUGCAAAAUCUGAGAGGAAGCUUAUGCAAGUUCCAACUAUCAAUGUUAUUGAGACUGAUGAGCCUAAUUACAGCGACGAAGAAAUGGAGCUGGAAUUGGAGGAAGUCGAAGAGCAAAAUGUUGAAAAGGCUCAAGAUAUAAAUAAGCCUUGUCCUGAUGAUAUAAUUUCUGAAAGCCAGUUUACAGAGGGGUAUUCUCCACCCUCCUCACCAGUGGAGUCUGACACGGAUAACUCUCCUGAACACAGGGAACAAGAACCAUCUCAUGAAGCGGCUCUUCAAGGACCACAAAGGUCUCAACCUGCAGAUGACUUCAAGGUGCAAUCCAGGGAUUUUGGUAAUUUGCCAAAUAAUGAUCCUGAAGACUUUUCUGAUCAUGAUGAUGAGUGGGGUGACCAAACGAUGGAUGUAUCAAAUCCUGUCAAUGCAACAUCUGAUCCAGCAUCCACCAAGCCAAAAACAGAUGAAACAAUUACAGAAAUCACAGACACUCCAUUGGAAGCACACAAACCCCAAACCAGCUUUCUACAUGAUGAGAUCUAUGACAGGGAAUCCUUUGAUUAUGAUUACGAUGCACCACCUUCUCCUACAGAUGAUGGUGAUGACAGUGAGCCAGAUGUGGCCAUAGAUCAGCCUUACACCAACCCUUUCCAUGUCAAUGCUGAGAAAAACAGCACUCAGAGUAAUGCUAGGGACACAUUUAACUCGCAGAAUGACAACACUUUUAUCACCCAGGAUACCGUCUCGAAAAAAUAUCCACAAGAUCCUUAUUCUAUAUUCUAUACUGCCCCAAAGAGUACCAGUGAACCAGAUGUUGAUAAUGUAACCCAGAACAUUAAUCUAGAUGACAAUUGCAAUAAAAUCAAAGACCAGAACAGUGAAACACAACAUGCUGAAAAAGAUCUAAUAUUGGUGACAAAGGAGGCCCCUGACUGCAGUGAUGUAUCAAGUACAGAGCCAGCAGACAGUUUUGUGCAGUUUAUGCGAGAGUGUCUAAAGUCAAAACAGGAUGAAGAAACUCAAGGUGAGGAUGAUACCACCUCAAGCAAGAUGGACAAACCGAUUUCUCAGUCUGUAGUUAUGGACCUUGAACAAGAGAAGCUCACAAUUAGUGCGCUUAAAGAACUUGGAGGCAGUCAAGAGGAAGAAGAGGUGGAGCCAACACUUCAGUCUGCUAAACCCAACACAGUAGAGCCCAGCCUUGCAUCAACACAGCACAACACACAGUCUCCUUGUCCCUCAAAUACCCAGACCCCAUGUUCCCCCUCCUCCAACCCUGCCCAUGACAGCACGUACGCCCGAGAGGUAGAAGCCAUCGAUGAAUGGGUGGCAGAAGCCUAUCAUCUUGCUGAGCAUGUCUUGACUGCUGUACUAACCCACUUAUCAGGUAACCUCUUCUUUCCAAACUUUAGCUAACCAUAGAAACCCCUGCCUUGACCAAUAAUCUAGCUGCAUGCACUUUAAUAACAUAAUAAAAAUUCCUAAUGUCUCUCAGUUUUUGAAAUCCUGCCUGGCAUUUCUUUUAUUACGCCAAUAUCCAUAGUUUUGUUGACAACGAUAACUUAACUUUCUGUAGGACUAGACAAGACAAUAAACACAUUCAUAUCAUUUUAACAGCUGGUUUUAAUAUUGUCGCAACAUGAUGAGAAAAUGUUUAAGGCUUAUCAUGUCAUUGUGCCAGUCAUUCAGCAGGCUGUUGUCUUCUGUUUUACUUAUUGGACAGUUGUUGGUGGUUUAAUUAUGGAGCUCAGGUGUUGGCUUACAAGGCUCAGUGCAGAGUCAGUGGUGUCGGGUUUCCAUCUUCAUUCAGCAAACAAACCUUGUCAAGUUCAAUAAUAACCGUAAAACAGCCCACACGUUUGGUUCUACAUUAGUGAACUGAUGCAUAAAAUAUCAGUUCAAUUCAUUCAGGGUUAGCACAUAUUAGUGGUAUUUUGGUAUGGCAUUCACAUUUAUUAACUAGUUAGUGGUAAGCGCUAAAUGGGGUUUGUGUUACUGCUGUGUGGACAGAGUGAGCCCCCACUGUCACUUCUGCACAAACCCGAUCUCUAUUGCACACACACUGGGGCCCAUAUAGGCAGCAGGCCUCCAAACACACAGUGGUGCAAUGUGUGCUGCCCAUACUUUAUCCUACAUGUGGGCAGUGCUGUUAAGGGCCUGCUGAAUCACCUCAGUCCUGUACAUUUCAGAAAGUCUGUGCAGAUUGUGUAGAUCUGUGUAAAUGAGGCAACAUUUAUAUCCUAAUAAUCUAGUACUUUAUUGUUGCAUCCCUGUCCUGGAGCUGUUGCUAUUUUGGUGCUCCUCUGCACUGCUGUCACAGCUCUGUGGGUUAUUAGGCGGGUUCUUUUGGUUAGGUGAGCCUGUAUUUUAGUGGGUGUGCAAGUUGUCAUGGUGGGUACAGGGGAUGCUGGUUUUGUUGGAGGGUCUGCCACUUGCUUAUCUCCAUUAUGAUACUGUUGCGUUGCCUGGAAUGCUCCACAGUGUAGCAUUUACUCUUAUCUAUCGUUCAUUAAAUUCCAGGUGUUUCUAUUGCUAAAACAUGCAUUGAGAUCUGACCUGUAAUUUUGCCUGGUGUUACACCUACUUGUCUCUUAAAUCUUUAAUCUCUCCUUUCAUCAUCUUUAAGGAUGGAGAAACCUUGUAAUGACCUUGUAAUAAUUUGCAUUUAUGAAAUGAGAGCUUUAAAUAUAAUAUAAAUCUGAUUUUUAGAAAUUGGGUGAAAGGUCAUGAAGAUCCCACUGAGUUGGUUAUGUGUAUGUUUACAUUUGUGUGAGGCUCUAAAAGUUUGGGUCAGUGGAAUUUUUGAUCAAAAAUAUAAUACAGUGGUUAUGAGCUGUCACUGUGUUUGCGAUUUGAGCUUCAGA